AUGGCCGAGGAUAUAUACAAGAGAUUCAUCCAGAAUAACUCUACACACGAGAUCAAUAUAUAUGUGAAGCAGAAGGAUCUGCUAAAGGAGAGACUGAAGAGUACUUUUGUACUUCCACCAAUGCAAACUACAAAGAGUCCAGAAUGUUAUCCAAAGAGGAAGUCAAAGUUGAAGUACUGGACUGAUGUCAUCCUACCUGCCUUAAAGAAUAACAACAGUAGCAGCAGCAGUAGCAGUAGUAGCAGUAACAAUAGCAGUGGAAGUAGUGUAAAUGCAAAUGGUGCAGGUAGGAACAGUGUAAACAUCAACAGUCUGCCAAACGAAAUGAGUGGAACCAACAUCAACAACAGUGUGUCCAGCUCCAAGUUCUUCCACAACCAAAAGUACGCCAGAGCUAGUUCGACCAACUUCAUUUCGUCGUCCCACGAGGGCGCCGGAGUGCAGGGCAAGGGUGGUGCAACGCCCCUGUUCGAGUACAAGAUGUCCCUGGACGAGAUGAAGGCCGGUGCCGGCGUGCCCUCGCCCAGCAUCCGCAAGAGCAUGAUGCUGACGGCCAGCCCCAACUCGUUCAGCACCGUCGACAUGAACAUCGUCGACGAGUUUGACGAGCUGUUCAGCUAUGAGUUUGACGUGGAGGACGUGCGCUUUGGCCAUUCCAACUAUCUGGUGCUCUUCAACGACAUCCAAGACGAGCUGGAGCAAAUGAUGAUCGAAAACAACCUGGGAGAGUUCCUCAAGUCCAAGCUGUACCUUGAGCGUCAGCAAGGCAAUUCGCUAUCUUGA